AUGGAAGUCAUACGCCGUUCCUUUGUCCUUCUCCUAGGCCUGGGCGCAUCGUUCGCUUCCGCGCAGAAACUCCACAGCUCAUGCGCCGACCUCAAGGGCAAGAACUCCGAAGGCGUGGAGACCAACUACGGCGACGUGCGAGGAUCCAUCGCCGUCGCCAUCCAGGAAGUCGGGGCCAUCGCCGAGACAGCACGCGAUUAUAUGAAGAAGGCGGCGGACAAGACCGGCGACGACUUUGAUAUCACGAGGACUGUCCAAUCUUUCUAUGCGUUUCAGGGCGAGAAGGAUGGGGAUGAGUCGACUUCGGAAGGACGUUGGGAUACGGCCAUUAAAAGCCUCGAACGGCUCAUGAACUAUGUGGAGAAUCGAAACACACAGGAUCCCCCGUUUCUAUGCGGUGAUGGACACUUGACCAAAUUCACGCACUAUCAGAACGGCGAGCGGAUCCAGGCUCAAGAUGAAGACGGAAAUGCCUUUGACACGUAUAUGUAUUUCGACGGCUUCUCCGGACAAUGGUGGGCAAUCGCCGAGCCCGCCUGCGAAGAUGACCCAGGGACCAUCGCCAUCACGCACCCAGGCGGAUACAUCCAAGUCUGUCCGGCAGCGUUCUCAUUUGCACAGAUGACAGCGCCUCGAGAUACGAUCGACUCCGACAAGAGCGAGGACUCGUCGGUGGAUUGGAGCGAUAAGGAAUACGAGGGUGAUUAUCGCCAAUCGCUGGAUUAUUGGGCUACUCCGCUCAGCUAUAGCAUGUUUCAUGAGUUGACGCAUUUCUUGCUCGGUUAUGACGACCAUAAGAUCUCUGAACCCGUCAGCUGGAUUGGCGGUACUGUCAACAAGGCCUACAAGUUCAACGGCGCCACUCAAUUGGUCAAGGAAGAUAUUGACAAAGUCUCGGAUAAUGUCGAUAGUCUAGGCAUGAUGGCACUGUCCCUCUUCAUGAAAGCCUGUAACUGGAGCUCCGGCCGUGCGAGAGGCAAGGACAACUAG